AUGUUAUGGAGACGUGACACCGAUAAUUUCACUUUUGCCAUCACGUAUGAAAUUAAGGACAUGUUCACCAAACGAGAAGUUUUAUCUACUAUCUCGAAACUCUUUGAUCCCCUUGGACUAGUAGGUCCAGUUCUCACCAAGGCGACGCUUAUAAUGCAAAGUCUAUGGACACUGAAGUUGAACUGGGAUGAGUCGUUGCCGACGGAUGUGAUGCAAGAAUGGACUUCGUUUCUCGCUCAGCUCCGGCAAGUUGAUCAAAUUAGUGUAAAAAGACAAGUGAAUGCCGAUAACACCGAUGCGUUUGAAAUUCAUGCAUUUUCGGAUGCAUCUCAACGUGCAUAUGGAGCAGUAAUUUACUUGCGUUGUGUUGAUACAUCUGGAAAUUUCACAACCAGACUUUUGUGCAGUAAAUCUAGAAUAUGCCCUUUAAAGAUGUUAACCAUUCCCAGACUUGAACUUUGUGGAGCUCUGCUGCUGGCGCGAUUGGUGAAUACGAUUUCUCUUAUUCUGGAGUUGCCAAUAUCAAAAACUUUUUGCUGGACGGAUUCUAGUAUUGUCUUAUGGUGGAUCAACACUCCCGUGACAAAUCUCAAGACUUACGUCGCCAAUCGGGUGGCGGAGAUUGUGACCUUAACCGGUAAUUGCAGUUGGCGGUGGUGUAGAAAGGAAGAAAGAAGUCAAUCUUUGGAUGACUUGCAAAGAGCUAGAGCCAUUCUUGUUAAUAAGGUGCAAGCAAGGCAUUUUGGGCCUGAACUUGCGGCCUUAAAGAAUAAAAAAGGUAUUUCAGGCUCAAGUAAAAUUUCGUCCCUAAAUCCCUUUGUGGAUUCAAAUGAUAAUUUACGAGUAGGAGGACGCCUUACUAAAGCUCAAAUAGAGUUUGAUGCCAAGCAUCAGUUAAUCCUUCCUCAACAUAGCAAAUUAACUUAUUUAAUUUUUGAAAGUUUUCAUAAAAGAUACUUUCAUAUUGGUGCCCAGGGAUUGCUUCAUUUUGUGAGGCUGCAAUUUUGGCCUAUUAAUGGCAAAAGCAUUGCAAGAAAGGUUGUGCAUAACUGUAAUGUUUGUUUCAAAAAUAACCCAAGUUCGCCAUUGCAGUUAAUGGGAGAAUUGCCUUCUGAACGAGUAAACCCAGUUGCCCCCUUUGUCAAUAGUGGUGUCGAUUUUUGUGGACCAUUUCAAAUUCGCGUAAGUAACCUUCGAAAGGCAAAAAUUGUUAAUGUAUACGUUUCUAUUUUCAUAUGUAUUUCUACAAAAGCCAUUCACUUGGAGAUUGUUUCCGAUUUAACCUCGGAGGCAUUUAUUGCUUCCCUGAAGAGGUUCAUCUCUAGGCGGGGAAAAAUUUCAAGCAUUAUCAGUGAUAACGCAACCAAUUUUAAAGGCGCGAAUUCUGAAAUUAAGAAAUUACUGGCACAAGCAGACACGCCUACCUCAAAGUUAAAUAACUAUUUAUUGUCUGAAGAAAUUGUUUGGAAAAAUAUUCCCCCUCGUUCUCCUCACUUUGGAGGGCUAUGGGAAUCAGGUGUGAAAUCCUUUAAGCAUCAUUUAAAACGGACCGUAGGUAACAAUAAAUUAAGUUUCGAGGAAUUUACCACUGUAAUGGUUCAGAUAGAAGCCAUUCUGAAUUCCCGUCCACUUACUCCUUUAUCAACCGAUGUGAACGAGUAUGAAGUUUUGACCCCUGGUCAUUUUUUAAUUGGCCGCCCACUACUUGCACUUCCAGAGCCAAAUUUCAAGGACAUUCCAGAAAGUAAAUUGUCUAAGUGGCAAAAAUUAACAAAUUAUGUGCAAGUAAUUUGGAAACGAUGGCAGACUGAUUAUUUGAAUCACUUACAGCAGCGUAACAAGUGGCAAUUUGCGAAGGAUAAUGUUGAAGUUGGUACUAUGGUACUUUUAAAGGAACCCAACGUACCCCCGUUACAGUGGCCACUUGGUCGUAUUGUGGAAACUAUAAAGGGUUCAGAUAACAAAAUAAGAGUCGUAAAAAUUAGAACUUCUAAUGAGCGUGAAGAAAAAAUGAUUAUUGCUAAUCCUGACAUAUAUAAUAUCGAGUUCACUGCUCAAGUAAAGCUGAAGUAA